AUAUCUACGACUGAGCGAGAAAGUGGUUUUUAUCAAAAUCAAAAUAUUACGAGUACGUGGCAAAAAUAGGUUCAGUAAAAGCGUGAAGAUGAUUCCAUGAAAACGUUUGUGAUGUAUAAUUAUUAAUUGAACGAUAUUGUUAACGUCUAUUUGUUCAGAGUAACCUUUGCCCUCAUCAAAUGGAUAGACAUAAAAUUACAUUCUUCAUGCCUACAACUGCUUUCAAUUUAAGGAAUGGCGAUUAGUUUUUUAUUGUGAAAGUGUGUUCUGUGCAAAUAAUUCACAUUCUUAAUUUCAAGUGAUUGAGAUCCUCAGGAAGCAUGCAAGGCGAAAUAGACAUCAACGACGUGUAUGAAAUGGAUACAGGUUUGAAGGAAGAGGAUGUUCUUUACCUCAUGGAAUGGAGUAAAACACAACCACAUCUACCUCAUGUGACUAAAUUGCAGGUGGUGUUAUUUCUCCACAGUUGCUACUACAAUACUGAGAAGGCGAAACUUACUAUUGACAAAUACUUCACUAUAAAAACAAUGUGUCCAGACAUUUUUGGGAACAGAAAUCCAACUGAUCCCGUUAUACAAUCUGCAAUAAACUGUGUACUGUUCAUGCCGCUUCCAAAAGCAACUCCUGAAGGAGACUUGGUGCUCUUUGUCAAGAUGAUGGAUAGCGACCCAAGUAAUUAUAUAUACGCUGUACAAAUCAACUGUUUCGAUAUGAUAACCAUUCUUCAUCUCCAUCAAAAUGGUCCACCAAAUGGAGUCGUUAUCGUUUUUGAUAUGGAAGGUUUCGCAUUUGGACAUUUUCUGAAAGUCAAUAUUGUUUAUAUGAGAACAUUCUUAUACUACCUCCAGGGAGGUUUCCUGAAAACUAUACAAAAAUGUGAAAUACUUCCAAAACUUUAGAACAGCAAUAUGAUGCUCCUCGACUUCUUAACCUUCCACAACCUGAAAAAUGAAUUUGAACCAAUAGAAAAUCUGUUCAAGUGUAAUGAUGGUCAAACUGAAAAGUUACCCCGAAAACUUUGAAAAAUCCAAUUAGUAAGUAACUAAUUGUGGUU